AUGGUGGCCUUUCUGAAAUCCUUGGAUAGUAAAGCAUGGAGAGCUGCAAACAAAGGAUGGGAACAUCCUGUCACUAUUGAUAAGGAUGGCAAGUCAUCCCUCACACCUGAAGAAAAUUGGAGCAAAGAUGAGGAGGAACUGGCUCUUGGCAACUCUAAAGCUUUGAAUGCUCUAUUCAAUGGAAUUGAUAGGAAUAUAUUCAUACUAGUACACCAUUGUGAACUAGCCAAAGAUGUUUGGGAUACCCUCAGAACUACUCAUGAAGGCACUUCCAAAGUUAAAAUGUCAAGACUUCAGUUGCUAACUACAAAGUUUGAGAAUCUAAGGAUGAAAGAUGAUGAAAAUUCUAGCGAAGAUGAGUUAACCUUUGAGGAAUUAGCAGCAUCCUACAGAAAGCUAUGUAUCAGAAGUGCUGAAAUGUCAAAAUCUGUCAAAAUGUUAAAUAGUGGUUCUGAUAUGUUGGAAGAGAUUCUACAGAUUGGAAAGAGUUCAGGAGAUAUGUCUGGUAUAGGAUUUGUUGGUGCUAUGAAACAUCCUCAAGCUAGCAGUAAUACUAAACCAGAAUCCAAGAUGGUGUACCCGAUGUCACAACAUGUGACUCAACAUCAUGACAAAAGUAGAAUGAAGAAGAAAUUUCAAAGAUGGAGAUGCCAUUACUGUGGUAGAUUUGGACAUAUUAAGCCCUUCUGCUUCAGAUUAUAUGGUUACCCAGACCAAGCUCCAUACUACAGACCCAAGCAGAUCAUGCCCAUCAAGAAGCAACAGUGGACACCUAAAAAUAUGGCCUUAAUAGCUCAUACAUCUCUUAGAGUGUCAGCUAAAGAAGAUUGGUAUUUUGACAGUGGAUGCUCCAGACACAUGACUGGAAUCAAGAAUCUUUUAGUAGAUAUCAAAAACCAUUCUACUAGCUAUGUAACCUUUGGUGAUGGAGCUAAAGGAUAA